UGUAAGCAAUGGCGUUUAACAGUCUUCCCAUCGACACGUUAAAGAAGAAAAUAGAUGAAGCCGUCCGCUUUCUUUCCAUAUCUUUAAGCAUCGCGAAUGCGCACACUGUGGACUUUUACACGCGUGAUGUUUGGAGCACGUUCAUAUCAGCGAGUCCGGAUGAAGUUCUGUCUGCUAUUAAUUCCAGUGACCGCACGGGGGCGGCAGAGGAAAAGAAAAACACUACAUUUGGUUUCUGCAAUACAACAAAGAAGUUGGUAGAUGUGUCAGCCAUCCUGAGGGCAGCCAAAGCACACAGCCUCUCGGGUCUGGAGGUCUGCAUACAGCUUGAGGAACUGAUGCAUGAUCUGAAACUGAUGACUGGAGACAUUGUAGCAGGAGAGAGAUUGGACAGAUGUGUUGUACCUGGUGAGUUUAUGAAUUGUAAGAAGGCCCAUGAGGUACGGGCAAUGUCAGAGGUCGUGAAUGGUUUGGCCAAAUGUUGCAAAGUGAAACAGGUGAUAGAUGUUGGUUCGGGUAAGGGGUACCUGUGCUCCUUUCUGUCCGUGCAGUUUAACCUGCAGGUGUUUGGAAUCGACUCCUCCAGCACCAACACGCAUGGAGCUCAGGAGAGAAACCGAAAGCUGAAGAAAUUUUCCAAAGCCUAUAAAAAACGCAGCAGAGCCACGAGAAGCCAAGAAGCUCAACCUUCAAAUGAUGGAGAUGAUAGGACUGAAAAACACAGUAACAAUGAUCAAGAAGUCGGGUCCACUAACUGUAGUACUCCGGUUGAGUCUUGUGCUUCUCAAGACCAGGUCACCACUGAUGUAUCUUCUAAAAAAGCCAUAGAAUGUACAGCCGACCCGAACGAUUGUGAGGCAGGAGACGGCUUCUUUAAUAUGCUGUCCCUGGCUGUCGUAGAGGACAACUCGCCUCGUGUUCAUCCCAGCCAGCUGAGCGAGGAGGAGAAAGAAAGGAGAAAGAGGGAGAAUCUGGAGAGGAAGACUCGUGAAGGACUGAGCAAUGGCAGCGACGACAACCUCUUUUCACCUCUGACCUCGUAUGUCACUGCAGAAACUGAACUCAAGACACUUAUCACAAAGCUGGAGGAUGCCGUUCUGGUUGGCUUGCACACGUGUGGAGAUUUGGCUCCCAGCACCCUGAGGAUGUUCAGGGCCAAGCAGGAGCUGCGAGCGGUUUGCAGUGUGGGCUGUUGCUACCAUCUGCUCUCUGAAGAGUUUCAUCCGGAUCGACAAGAGUGUGCAGAUGGUGUGUGUGGUUUCCCCAUGAGUCAGUUUCUGAAGGACCAGGCUUGUUUCUGUGGUCGAAAUGCCAGGAUGUCUGCAUGUCUCGCUCUGGAGAGGGUUUCUGCUGGAGGAGGGCUGCCGAUGGAGUCGCUGUUUUUUAGGGCGGUUCUUCAUGUGAUUUUACGGGAUCACUAUGAUUCCUUUAAAAGUGAGAAGCGGGUUGGGAAUGUGUACUCUAAAACAACUUCGUUUGUGGACUACGUCAGGCGAGCACUCAAGAAACUGGUUCUGGAUGAUUCUAAACUACCAGACGAUGUCAUUCAGAACUAUCAUGAGCGCUACAGCCACAGGAUGAAUGAGAUGAUUGCUUUUAACAUGUUAAAAGUAACUUUGGCUCCAUGUAUAGAGGGUCUCAUUCUCCUGGACCGGCUUUACUACUUGAAGGAGCAGGAGAAUGUUUCUCAUUCUGCGCUGGUUCAGCUCUUUGAUCCGCUUCAGUCACCUAGAUGUUAUGCGAUUGUUGGUAUAAAGUAGACCAAAGCUGUUAUGCCUUCCAUCCAUCCAGUGUUCUUUGUAUUUAAUUUAAUAAAAUAAUACAUUUUAGUUAUCGUUAAUAUUAGCAUUUCAAAUAAACAUUUUAAA